AUGAAGGCGCAACGCUACGCCAGUGUGCUAACGCUAGAUAAUCUAACGGGUCGCCUUGUGGUUGUGGGGGAUAUUCACGGCUGUCUGGCACAGCUGCAGGGCCUCCUCCGCGCGGUCUCCUUCAAGCAGGGAAGUGACACGUUAGUUGCGGUGGGGGAUUUGGUGAACAAAGGACCAGAUUCCUUUGGUGUGGUCCGCCUUCUCAAACGCCUCGGGGCCCACAGUGUGCUCGGCAACCAUGAUGUGAAGCUGCUGAAACUUGUCAAAAAGAUAAGAGAGAAAGGUCCUCUGAAUGAGAGGGACACUAAGUCGUCUCUAGCCCCAUUUGCACUGACCGUACCUGUUGAUGUGGAGGUCUACUUGUCGCAGCUUCCGCACAUCAUCCGCAUCCCCGCCCAUAAUGUGAUUGUGACGCACGGCGGCCUCCAUCCGCAGCGCCCACUGGACUGCCAAUACAUCGAUGAGGUUACCACCCUACGUAAUCUCAUUGAGAAGGAACAGAAGGCGGGUGGUGUAACCCUUGUCGCCACUCCGGAGACGAAAGAUGGCGGUGUUCCGUGGGCCUCGUUGUGGCGUGGUCCUGAAACGGUGGUGUUUGGCCAUGAUUCGCGACGGGGCUUGCAGGAACAAUACAGACCGCUAGCGAUAGGAUUGGAUAGCGGCUGCGUGUACGGCGGGAGGCUUUCCGCAGCCGUGUUCCCUGGUGGUCACAUCGUUUCGGUCUCGGGCUGGAGGAGAGAGGCAAAGCUAUGA